ACAUCAUCAUCAUCCUCAUCAUAACUUGUAAUUUGUUGCAUCCUUUUAAUUUUUUUUUUUUACUCUCCGUAUCUGUCGAUUUAACUCCAGCCCCAAACAUUAAAAGGUAUCUACAGAGAGACGAAAAGGAUGGAAGUGAAGUUAUGGAAUGACAAACGUGAGAGGGAGAUGUACGACAACUUUGGCGAGCUUUAUGCGAUCAUCAAGGCUACAGAAAAGCUAGAAAAGGCUUAUGUUAGAGAUAUUAUCUCAUCUUCCGAUUACGAGAUUGAGUGUCAGAAACUGAUCGCUCAUUUUAAAACGCUCUCGUCCACGCUCAGAGAUACUGUACCAAAUAUCGAGAGGUUUCAUGAUACUUACAAGAUGGACUGCCCUUCUGCGAUGAACCGCCUUAUAACUUCUGGUGUGCCUGCUACAGUGGAGCAUAGGGCUGCUGCUGCCGCUUCUGGGGUGACCUCUGCUGCGACUGUCGCAGAGUGUGUGCAGAACUUUAUAACUGCAAUGGAUUCCCUCAAGCUAAAUAUGACUGCGGUUGAUCAAGUUUUCCCGCUUCUGUCUGAUUUGUCGGGGUCGUUAAACAAGCUGUCUAUUUUACCCCCAGAUUUUGAAGGGAAGACUAAGAUGAAAGAGUGGAUCGGUAGGCUAGCAAAGAUGGGAGCUUCAGAUGAGUUGACUGAGCAGCAGGCUAGGCAGCUUCAUUUCGAUCUGGAGUCAUCAUACAAUUCCUUCAUGGCUGCAUUGCCUACUGGUGGGACGUGAUUCUGACGGGAUCACUUGUGCUGACACAUGAUUUGGAAAACUCGUAUGUCUUCUUGGAAAUAUUUCUUGGGUAUAUAGGACCAUCUAUUAUGUUUUCUUUUUCACUUGUUCAUGAAUGUCAUUGAUUCUGAAAUUGUUGUAAUGUAUGAGGGCUUAUCAGUUUAAAAUUGCUGAUGCUUAUUAAACAUUGUUUGAUGUUGGUACUGAAAUAUUUUGUAGUCAA